ACAGGCUCAGUGAAUGUAAAACCCCACAAAGCUUCCUUAUUAGUCUUAGUGGAGUUGGAUUGUAGUAUUCUGAAAGUGGAGUUUGGUCAUUUGUUCCUUCAUGCAGCGAUAGAACUCAUCAAAACCUUUUAUCUCAAUAUUCCUUCCUCAUAUCAGGUUUUGAUGUUACUGUAGACCACUUUUAUUGAAGCUCUGUCUCUUAUGUAAUACUUAUUUCUAGGUACAGAAGUAGUCUGAAUCACAGACGUGUUACAUCAGAAGAGAUGGUGGCAUCUGUAGUCGUCUUUCUUACCAUGGCAAUACUCUCAGGAUAUUGUGCUGGUCUAGAAGUGCUUCCUCCUGGACCUGUGAAUGGAACAUUGGGAGGAAAUGUGUUUUUCAAAACCACCAUCAAUCCAACGACACUUAGUGCAAUCGUCUGGACUUUUGGUGAUACCCCUGUCAUCAUUGUUGACUUUCUCAGUUCUGAAGGUCCUGUGACCGGAGAGGGAUAUGUUGGCAGGAUCAGGCUGGACAAUAGCACUGGAUCUCUGGAGCUCUUGAAACUAACCAUUGCUGACAAUGGAGAAUACAGAGUGAUCCUAACAGAGUCUGAUUUGAUGUAUUUGUCAAAUACUUCACUGAAUGUCUAUGAUGGACCUGAUGGUAUGGAAAUCAAGGGUCCAAAUGAAAUAGAAGUAGGACAGAAGUUUACAUUGACCUGCUCUGCCUACUCCAACCCACCUACUAGUUACACCUGGAUGCACAAUGAGACAGAGAUACCUGGACAUUCCCCUGAGUUCGCUAAAGAGAAGAGUGAACACUCUGACAGUGGGGAUUACACCUGUACAGCAACAAAUGAUGUCACCGGAAACAAAACAUCUGUGGUCCAUAAACUGUCAGUAAAAGCGGAGGGCUCUCCGACUCCAGACGGGCUGUCUGUUGUUGUCAUCACUGGGACUGUGAUUAUAGUGUUGCUGGUUGUGGAAGUGGCAGUUAGUGUUGCAGUCUAUUUCAUCAAGAAAAAUGGAAGCAAUGUUGAGCCAAUGCAUCGAGGAGGCUCGCAACAACAUGUAUAUGAGAACCCAUCACCUGUGUAUGAGAACCAAUCAACUGUGUAUGAGAACCCAUCACCUGUGUAUGAGAACCCAUCACCUGUGUAUGAGAAUCCAUCACCUGUGCGUGACAACACACAACAAAAUCAAUCUCCACCUCUACCCCUGACAGACUUCAAGAGUACCUAUGAUACUAGGAUAAUGUAAGAGGUCAGGAAGAGAUCUCCAUUCAACCACCAUUCUCCAGUUCCACAAUCAACACAAAGAAAACCUGAAUGAUAACACCCAGUGUGGAUCUGAAAUGUAACGUACAUAAUACAUUUGUGCUAUGUUUGUCUGCUUUAUUGUGUAAUUUCUUAACAUUGAAAAGAAAACCUUGUUAAUAAUGAAAGUAGAUAAUGCAUUACUGUACUGUCAUUUUAUAAAUUAGAGCAUAAUUAAUGCCAGUUAAAUAAAUAAGAAUAUUUAAAUUAUGUAAAAACAGAAUGACUAAUAAAUAUUGCCUGCUAUUUUCCUACUACUCUGUUGUUCUUUGUGUCAGACCAGUGAUUACCAGUUUAUAAGAUAUAUACUGAACAAAACUAUAAAAGCAACAUGUAAAGUGAUGGUACAAUGUUUCGAAGCUUAAAUAAAAGAUCCCAGAAAUUGUCUGUACACAAAAAAAACAAAGAAAAUCUCAGAUUUUGUUCACAAAUAUGUUUACUUUAGUGAGCAUUUCUCUUUGUUAAGGUAACCAAUCAACCUGACCAGUUGUGGCAUAUCAAGC